UUUUUAAUGAAAAAGUUUCAUAUUAUCUAAAGGGAUGAUUUGAUAUUCAGAAAAUGAAAAUUGUCGUUAUGGCUCUUUGGUAAAGCAAACCCUUGCUUCUCAAUAAACGAAACUCUCAUUAAUCUCGUAUCAAUAAUGAUCAAUAAUAAUUAAUACCACUGCCAGAGGAGAAGUGGGACGAUCUAUCGAAAGUUGGCGUUCGAUAUAAUUUCCGGAAUUCCGAGGCGAGCUUGGAAAAAGCAUCGGAGGGAAGCCUCCGCACGGGGCAAGUUCCAUCAAUAUUUUCUAAUCAGCAUUCGAUUGCACGGUACAUCCCCUAUCCGGUGGCUUCUUCGCACGGCAACAGAGCCGCGGCUGUGUUAAGGGGGUCGCAGUGUAGGCGUAUAUGGUGGUGGUAUGCGGCAUAGCCGGCAUAGCGCCGCGACGCUUCGACGCCAUAUUGCAUUAUUAAGCACCCCGGCCAGUCCCUCGUCCCUGCAUUCCACUAUUAUGAACGUUUUUAUCCCUAAAAGGGCGUCGUUUUACCUAGGAGAAACGAACUGCUCGAUGAACACUCGACCAUUCGGCUGUUUUCGGUUCGUUGAACUAUUCCAUUGACAAGUCGACUGAUUUCCCUCUUUAGUCUCUUGUGUGUUCAACCAUCCCUCCCUUUACCCUUUUGCAUGAAAACUAGCUGUUUUUGAAAUACCGGAGAACUUCUCUAAGUAAUAUAGGAUGAUUUCGUACUUUGAUCCUUGUUAAUGGGAACAGUCAGGAAGAGUCGCCUCAUUUUCCAAUUUAAAUUUUUCAAAAUUAAUUUAAUAUUAAUAUUACUUGAAACUCCCUCUUCUAAUGUGAAUCAACCACGUCUUUCACUCAAGAGGACACAAUAGAAAUGAUAUCGGUACCGACGAACUUUGUUGGUCAGACAGUAACACCUUAUCAAAUCGAUAUCGUUUAAACAUUUAGCCGUCGAGUUUCUCUAGUUCCGUGUUCGCUAUGUAAGAAAUCAUUAUUCGUCCUAUAUUUGUGUCCAAGUAGGAUCGUAAAUAGUCACAGCGUUUGCCUCGUCAGAAUAGUAGUGUCUCGUCUUUGUUCACGGGGGAUGAAGAAAGGAAUUAAAUAGCAAAAACCGCGAAGACUUGAUCGAUCGUCCAAUCUUAAAGACACGUACCGUCAUCACCGAAUCCUUUCUAAAUGCUUUUUUUUUUUCCCUUACGAUUCGGUCUUUCGUGCCCAAGAAAGAAUCUAAUCUGAUGACCGCGAAGAUGUUCGUUUAGUCGUUGCAAAAAAAGUGAACGAAGAAAGGUCAAGGAUUUCGACUACUUUCGGUGCACCAUUUUCUUCGGGUUCGAACGAAGAGAAACCGGGGACAUUCUGCGUCUGACACCUCCUUAACGAUGCCUACGCGGGAUCGUUCUUUUCCCACCGUAAUAAACCAUCGGGCAUCGCUGUUGGUAUCACGACUUCCAAUUUAUUCGAGUGGCCAACUUUUCUAUGGCGAAGCUGUUCGCCGAUUUCAUCGCGAAUGAACGAAGAAGAACUCCGCUUCGACGAGUUUUCUACCUUCUUUCAACGAAGAAAUAGUCCUUCUCUGUUCCAGAAAUCUGUAUAAAUAUUUCCCCACCUCGAUCAGCCUACGAAAUGAGAAUUCCUCGUCGCAAACUUUUCAUCUGUUACGAACCUGAAGAAACGUCUGAUAACGAUGCUCGUUAGAAAUUGAUAGAACAAAGAUAAAAAGAGAGAGAGAGAGAGAGAGAUGAACGAAAGGAAUUGGCUCGUUUUCUGUAAACAUCAAGAUUUUAUUCUCACUCGAAGACACCUGUCCCUUUGUAUUAUCCUAUCAGUGACACGUGUCGCUUUCAAUAAACCUCUGUCUAAUUUAGCAUCGAAAUCUUAUCGGAGUCAUUGAUCGAACAGGAAAGGUUAACGAAGAGAAUCGUUACGGAUAUUCGGGAAUAGCGAAGAUGAAUAUACGAAGAGGAGCGAGACAAAGGUUCCUCGCAUCAACUGUCCCCUUGAUGGAAAUUAUCCAGAGGCGUACAUAGAUCAGUCUCUCCUCGUUCUUUCAAGGAUUCGCCACGAAGAUCCCGCGGAAGGACGCGUUUGCGCAGGACACGAAGAAUCUUCAGAGGCUGGAUCCUCGAUAUAUCCGUGCUGGUUUGAGAAACUCGGGAUUGUUCGGUCGUGGCUCAUCCAACGUAGACCGAUUGGACUUCCUUGCUAGCAACAGAAAGAGAAAAAGGAUCGUCAUGGACAUCCAAGAGUUUCGUGUGCGUGGCAAGGAGAUGGUGGAGUACAUAUGCGAGUUCAUGAGUAAUAUCCACAAUCGGCGAGUAACGCCGGACGUUGGUCCUGGAUAUUUGCGACCCCUCCUUCCUCCGGAAGCACCGCACCAAGCUGAAUCUUGGGAGGACAUCAUGAGAGACGUCGAGUCGAAAAUCAUGCCCGGAAUCACUCAUUGGCAACAUCCACGAUUUCACGCGUAUUUUCCAGCCGGUAAUUCAUUCCCAUCCAUUCUCGGUGACAUGUUGGCGGAUGCAAUAGGCUGUAUCGGAUUUUCAUGGGCGGCUAGCCCGGCCUGCACGGAGCUUGAGACGAUAGUCUGCGAUUGGUUCGGUAAAGCCAUUGGUUUACCAACGGACUUCCUUUAUUUUAACCCGGUUAGCAAAGGCGGAGGUGUGAUACAGGGUUCAGCCUCGGAAUGUGUUUUGGUAUGCAUGCUUGCAGCAAGGGCAGAAGCGAUCGCCAGACUGAAGGAGUCACCCGCUCAUGCACAUUUGGACGAAACUGCGCUUCUUGGAAAGCUAAUGGCUUAUUGCAGUCGCGAAAGUCACAGCUGCGUCGAGAAAGACGCGAUGAUCUGUUUCGUGAAGCUGCGAAUAUUGGAACCAGACGAGAAAAGUGUGCUUCGCGGAGAAACGUUGCGUCAGGCAUUCGAGGCUGACACCGCGGAGGGUUACAUCCCUUUCUUCGUCUCCACCACCCUGGGCACGACCGCUUGCUGUUCCUUCGACAAUCUCAAGGAGAUAGGGCCACUUUGUAAAAAAUAUCCAGGCGUAUGGCUGCACGUGGACGCAGCAUACGCAGGCAACGCUUUCAUCUGUCCAGAACUGAAAUAUCUGAUGGCUGGGGUCGAAUACGCCGAUUCCUUCAACACUAAUACCAACAAAUUUUUAUUAACAAACUUCGAUUGUUCUUGUUUAUGGGUCCGAGAUAGAUUCAAACUGACCGGUGCACUCGUUGUGGAUCCACUUUAUCUUCAGCACACUCAUGCGGAUACAGCCAUUGAUUAUAGACAUUGGAGUAUACCAUUGAGUCGACGAUUUCGUUCCCUGAAGCUAUGGUUCGUCAUGAGGAGUUACGGGAUAUCCGGUUUACAGACCUACAUACGAAACCAUGUACAAUUGGCGAAGAGAUUCGAGGCAUUAGUGAGGAAAGACGCGAGAUUCGAACUUUGUAACGAGGUUGUGUUGGGUCUGGUGUGUUUUCGAGCCAAAGGAUCCGAUAAACUGAACCAAAAAUUGCUGAGCGCCAUCAAUGAUUCCGGGAAAUUGCACAUGGUCCCGGCGAGAGUGAAUCAACGCUUUACGAUUCGUUUUGCGCUCGCCGCACCGAAUGCCACUGCUUCUGACGUUGACAUCGCGUGGAGCAUCAUCACGGAUUACUUGGCCGAAUUAUCGGAGUCCAAGGAUGUUAUGGAUGAACUGGCAGAUAUCCGCGAGAAGAAAAGGAAAGCCACGUUGGAGCAAAGGAGGUCCUUCUUCGUCCGUAUGGUCUCUGAUCCUGCUAUUCAACCGGGAUUCACGAAAACCCCGAAUAGGACGGGGCCGAAGUUGGACACACAGGCGACCAUCGGUGGUAUCGGAUCGAAUCCUCAUCCUACCACACGUUCGUGGAUCUCCUGGCCGCUGGCCUAUCUGAUGCAAGCAAGGGACGCUGCUGAUACCAGCGAACUGUCCCUCAGAUUCCGUCAUUUGGACACGAUGGUGCGCCUGAAGGCAAGUGGUACCGGAAGUCGCCGCGGUAGCAGCAACGGCUGCAGCCCGGAACCAUCGCCAUCCGUUUCCCCAUCGCGCGGAAGAUCGCCAAAUGGUAGAACGUAAAACAUUCUUCGAUCUUUUACCAAUGUUUCUCCCAGGUGCAUCGCUGAGAUUAAUACGAUCAUUCGGACACUGCCGAAGUGUUUUAAAAACCCACUGAAGAGGUUCCUCGAAAUCGAUCAAUGAUUUAUUUCAGAUUUAUUUCAGCGAGGAGCACAUUGCUGAAUUAUUUCCCGAAAGUAACACAAUUAUUUAUUUUACCAUUUUCUUAGAAAUAUUGUACCUUUUUUAACCGCGGUUCCAGAUAUUCAUCGUUAUUCAAAUUAUGAUCGUUUCUGUCACCUUUCCCUUUUCUCGUGGAUUAGAACGGCAAAAAGAAGACGAAACGGAAACUCGAGUCACGUGAAUAGUGAAAAAAGGUCAUAAAAGAGCCGUGUUCGUAACGCGAUCGAAAAGGUUGAGGUCACAAGGGUGACACCGAUGCACCUGGACUGUUCGGUUUAUCAUAUUUUUCUACAUUCUUCGACUACUCUAUUCUAUUUCAAUCGAAACACGAAACUGUCACGUGUGGCUCGAAUGAAUACGCGAUCGGUGGAUUUCUCGGUGGCAAGAUGUCACGUCAAACGAAAAACAAUGAAUCAUAAUCGGUUUACGUGGGAAGAGGAAUGUUGAUAAUCGUUAGAAUGUUCUUAAUUAAACGCGACCGAUAACGAGACAAUGCCUCUCCUUGAUUCAAAGAAAUUUCGAAUCAAUGGAGGCCGAAAUAAAUGUUGUAGAAUGAAAGCUAAUGAUCGAGGAAAAGUAUGUCGUUGUUAUGAAACACUUGUCUGCAUCUCUUUAGACUCUCUGCUCAAAGUAAUUAGAAGAUCGCCUAAUCGUUACGAUAUAUGCAACAUUCUGAAAUCUUGAACAAGCUAUUAUUCCAUCGAAUAUGAAUGAUCGAUUAUAGAGCUAGAUAAGGUGUAACGAAAUGUGAAUGAAAGGUAGUUCAUUUGUCUUGUAUGCGAUCAAUGUUAAUACAAUGUAAUUUCUUCCUAAUAAUAUACUAUCACUCAAAAGUA